UUUACAAAAUACUGCCUGUGUCGAUAUAAUAGAAAAGUUUCGGGAAAAUGAAAAAUUAAUGGGCAAAGCAAUAUCCUUGCUGCGUAAAUUACCCAAGCAAUUUCAUUUAGUAGAAAGAAUAAUAACUGAGACGGAGACACAAGUUCAAGAUGGAAAAGAACGCGAGACAGUAUAUGACCUGUUUGCGUCUGGAGUAAAAAACAGUUCAUUUCCACAUCCAACGACACGCGAAUUUAUUUUACGCGCAACAAUCACCGAUUCGAUACCAAUCUCACCACGAAUGUAUGUACUAAUUAAUAUGAACGGGAUGAAAAUGUCGAUAGUCGAUAAGGUGGAGGAUUCAGACGAGCAGUCUCCGAAAUGGGAAGCAUC